AUGUCUAAAAUAUACUUAGACUGGAAAAUUUUAGCACCUACCAUUUACGCACCUUGGUGUCCUGCUUGCAAAUCACUAGAAACUACUUGGGAAGAGUUUGCAGCUUCUAGCAAAAAAUUAGGUAUUAGCGUUGGAAAAUCAGAUGUUACUACUAACCCAGGUUUAAGUGGACGGUUUCUAAUUACUGCAUUUCCAACAAUAUUCCACAUAAAAAAUGGAGUAUUUCGUAAAUAUACUGGGUCAAGAAGCAAGGAAGCUUUUAUUAGCUUUAUAAAAGAAGAAAAAUGGAAUGAUAUAGAACCUAUACCAUGGUGGAGAAGUCCAUCAUCUAUUCACAUGUCAGCAGUAUCUUCGUUUUUCAAAUUGGCACUAUCAAUUCGAGAAUAUCAAGAUCACUUAACUGAAGAGCAUGGCAUACCACAAUGGGCAUCUUAUGUCAUAUUUGCUCUGGGAAUCAUUAUUAUUGGAACAAUUAUUGGAAUAAUUUGUGUCUGCGUAUUAGAUUUUGUAUUCCGUCCUAAAAGUCCAUUACCUGAAUACAUUCUUCCAGAUGAGACAAAUAAUAAAAAAGAGGAUACAAAUGAAAUUAAAGAAUCAAAGGAAGAAGAUGUUUUAGAUGAUGAAUCCAGUUUAUCCGAAUCUGGAAGUGUCAGAAGAAGGAAGGUAGAAGAAUCAGAAAAAAACUGA